AUGAAUCCCUACGGCAGUGGGUAUGUUGGGCUUCAAGAUGCAGAACCAAUAAUCCAGAGGCUAGCACUACAUGAACUCAUUGAUCGUCGUAUUGGAGAUUCAUAUGACACAUAUGAAGUGUACCUCAUGGCUAAAGCCGCAUACUUAUGUGUGCAAAGAAGCCCUGAAAUGCGUCCAUCAAUGGGAGAGGUUGUCCGCAUUCUUGAAGGGGAAAAUGACCAUUUCCACCACCUAGGAGAGCACUUUGUACCUCAUUAUACAAAGUGA